UAUUUAUUUAAGCCCAGUUAACAAAUUGUAUUUUCUCUGUGGCUUCACAAAUAUUAUAUUUUAUUGCGAUGUGAUUUCUUAGCGAUAAAUAAACUGAUAAUUAGUGUCUCGAGCCUCAUUUCUCAAUGCAAUGGAAUUUUCAUUUUUAAACAAAACGAGUUAUGAUAAAGAUUGUCUAUACAACUCCAACUCGCAACAUCAUAAUACAAAUGCCAACUCGGGAUUUUCGGUGGCCAACCACAUGAGCCAUUAUAAUCUUAUAAUCGAUUCCAGCUAUAAGCUACGGGCCAAUGAUACAGUUAUCAGAAACUCUUUUAGCCAAGAGUCGAAUAUAUUGUUCUCAAAAAUCACAAAUGUCGCCGACUUUUAUCCCGGGGCUCACAAUAUAACUCCCUACAAUACUGAUUUCCAAUUAAAAUCAUAUUCGGAAGAGACUUCGAGCUUGACUGACAAAUCGAAACAAAGGAGAAUAAGAACAACGUUCACAUCAAAUCAAUUGAACGAGUUGGAGAAAAUAUUUUUGGAAACUCAUUAUCCAGAUAUUUAUACUAGAGAAGAAAUUGCAUCCAAAUUACAUUUAACAGAAGCACGAGUUCAGGUUUGGUUCCAGAAUAGAAGAGCUAAAUUUCGGAAGCAAGAAAGACAUGCCAUUUAUAUAAUGAAAGACAAAUGUGCCAAAAUGGAGAAUAGGCAGAAUACUGUAUCUGGCAGUCAAUGUUACGAUGUAUCACUCAAUGCAUCACAAAGUUCUUGCCAAAUAAAAUGUUUUUAUGAUAAAAUAUAAGAA